AUGUUUGCAGAGGGCGUAGGUGCGGUGGAGGUGUCUCGUCGCAGUCCCGUGGCGUCGUGGCUCAGUGCGAUGCUUUACUGCUUUGGGAGCUACAUCUUGGCCGACGUGGUCCUGGGACACAGCCCUCUGGACUACUUCCAACACAACAGCCACAUCCUGCUGGCCUCCGCUGUCUGGUACCUGGUCUUCUUCUGCCCGCUGAACCUCUUCUAUAAGGCGGUGUCUCUGCUCCCGGUGAAGCUGGUGCUGGUGGCUCUGAAGGAGGUGGUUCGAACCCGGAAGAUCGCGGCCGGAGUUCACCACGCCCACCACGCCUACCACCACGGCUUCCUCAUCAUGGUCAUCACCGGAUACGUCAAAGGGUCUGGAGUGGCUCUGAUGUCGAACUUUGAGCAGCUGCUGCGUGGAGUCUGGAGACCAGAGACCAACGAGAUCCUGCACAUGUCAUUCCCGACUAAAGCCAGUCUGUACGGGGCCAUCCUCUUCACGCUGCAGGAGGCGCAUCUCCUCCCUGUGGCCAAGAGCUCAUUGAUCCUGGGCUUCACCCUCUUCAUGGCCACCUCCAAGGUGGUGAUGACGGCGCGACACUCUCACGGCUCUCCCUUCGCGCUGGUGGAGUCCUGGGUCUGUCACCUCCUCUUCGGGUCUCCUCUGGGGGGAGAGGAGGAGCACCACCCUGCCCCCGCCUCGCCGCUGAAGGCCAAGGACGAGCUGAGCGAAGGCGUCCGCAAACGCAAAACCAAGAAGGCCGAGUGA